AUGGACACAGAUGCAGGUGACUUCGACUACUACGACAUCUUGAAUGUCCCUCGUGACAGCUCAGUCGAGGAUAUCAAGGCAAGCUACCAUAGGCUCAUCCGCCAAUGGCACCCCGACAAGAAUUUUAUGUCGGAGUCUGACCCAUCGCAGCCCCUUUCCGUGACUGACCGCACAGCCGAGUCUUAUGAAAUCCCCCAGGAGUUGCAGCGGGACUCCGCGUUCACCAAAAUCCAGCUGGCCUACUCGGUUUUAUCCGACCCAGCUCGGCGUCGUGUUUACGACAAGUACGGAAGUGAGGGCGUUAACCUGAGGAUGCUGCUUCAAAAACAGCUCGACAGUGAGCGCGUAGAAUCGCGGACAAUUCCCGAAACGCUUGAGGAUGAGGCCACUCUACAGAAAUCGUGGGAGCUUCGCCGUGCGGCUGACGAGGUCGAGAUUGAGCGGCGUAUUCACGUGCUCCUUCAAAAGCGCCGUUGGGACAGGUUCCGCGAUUUUCCGGUGCAGGUGGUUAGCCACUUCACGUUUGCCGGCGUGACCAACUUCUUCGACGACCAGAUCGCAACGGUGAUGCGUCGGCGGAUGUUCCAGAUCCGCGAAACCGCAGUCACAAAUUCCGUGGAGGUGCUACUGAGCAGACACACGAGAGCUGGAUACACGUAUUACAGCUCGGCAAGGCGUGGCACCUUCGGCAAGUGCCGGGGCGGCGUCCAUCUUUCGUCUGAAUUGACGGACACUGUCGAAUCCACAGUCAGCGUCGAAUGGGGCGACUACGUGAGCUACCGUUCCACCGCCAUGUCUAUCAAGAAAAGGUUUUCCGAGAGCUUUUGGGCCACGUCGAUUUUCGCGGUGGACCGGCACCUUACCCCCGCCAUGCGGUGCGUGGUGCACAAGGGUUGGGCGGACCAUCACGCAAUUGAGCUCACGGCCCUUCCGGACUACGCCAUGACGUACGGCUACAAUCGCAAUUUUGCCGGAGACCUAAAGUCCAACCUGCAGAUAGCCGCAUCUCAGGACGAUUUGGGGGCACUGGUGCGUCUGAAGGCGCUGUCGGGCUCCGGAUCCGUGAUAGGCACAACGUGCAGAUUCUCCAUGCUCGGAGGAUUGUUCGUUGAAGGGUACAUCAGGCAGCGCUUCGAGACCGAGCUGCUUGCGAGGUUGAAGUUUGAGUGCCGGCUGCGCUACUCCCAGAGUUCACUGUUUGUCAUAUUCAAGCUAGUCCUCAACAACACGCGCGUGGAUUUGCCCAUCGAGCUGUACAGCGGAAACGUGGACUACUGCAUAUUCUUGGGAACGGCGGCCUCAUGCGUGUUGAUGUUGCUGCCGGCAGCUGCAGAGAUGGCGAUGAAGCUGUUAUCGCCAGCAGAGCCGGAAAUAGGGUAUGGUUUCGAGGGGCCAAGCCUGCGGCGCAGUUUCUACGCGCGGUUCCCCGCCUUCUCGUAUUUAGGCCUGUCCGGUGUUGACGAUCGUCACCACGAAAAGUACGUGGGCGACAACAGUCGUCAGGGUCCACUGUUGAGCCGCGCCUUGCAGUGGUCGGAAGAGGGGCUCGAGGCCAUAGUGGUUCGCGAACUGCAACUCGCACGCCAGGAAGGCGCAGCUCUGCUCAAUGCAGCAGCGGCAGCCUACCAGCGAGAGCUGGAAGCCGACGGCCUCUGCGUGCUCUUUGCCGUCUACGGCCACCCUGAAGCUUUGCGCACGCUGGUGGAAUUCGUCACUAUGGACCUGUUCGAAAACCUCGGCGGAAUCUCCGACAACACAGACUCCGUGGUGCCGAGGACCCCGUCGAUCGGUAGCGCUAGACGCUUCGUUUUCGGCAGCGUCACUGUGACGUCCAUUCUCAAGCAGAACGACCAGAUGCGCCUCCAACGCCUGUUUGACCGUUACCUGCUGGAUGUUACCAACGUGCUCAUGUCACGAGUCACGGAUUCGCGUCUGCAACUUUCGGUCAACACCAAGGGGCAGCUGAUCGGCUUCGCCGACCCCUGCGCCAACCUGCUGAAGGUGGAGCCGAAGCUUUACGUGUGCUACCGCUACAAGAAGCGUGUGUACGCCGCCACUUUCGGCGACGGGGACCCUGUUCUUCUUCCCGACGGCUGCGAGGCAGCGUCGUGUUAG